GGUCGGUGCUUUGUGGCCUGCGGCUGGGUGGGAGGGAAGACUCCGUGAGUAGCGGAGAGCGAGCACCGGAGAGUGUGAGUGAGGGGCUGAGUGAACAUGUCCAUGGAAGAUCCAUUCUUCGUUGUGAAGGGUGAAGUACAGAAAGCUGUAAACACAGCACAAGGGUUAUUUCAGCGAUGGACGGACCUCCUCCAAGAUCCUUCAACUGCCACUCGAGAAGAGUUGGAUUGGACUACCAACGAAUUACGCAACAACUUGAGGAGCAUCGAGUGGGACCUGGAGGACCUGGAUGAAACUAUUAGUAUUGUGGAGUCUAAUCCUCGCAAGUUCAGUCUGGAUCCAGCUGAGAUGAGGCAAAGAAAAGCUUUUAUAAGUGAAACACGGCAGUGUGUAAAGGGCAUGAAGGAUCAGAUGACCAGUCCGUCUGUACAAGCUUUGGCUGAGAAAAAAAGCCGGCAGGUGCUCCUAGGAGAAGGGUCAAAGCAGGGCUGGAACCCAGAAACCGAGAAAUACAAGGGUUUAGAUAAUGACCUACAGACAGUAAAUUCACAGUUUUUGGAAGGUCAAGUUUCGCAGCAGCAGCUUAUUAUGGAUCAGCAGGAUGAUGAUCUGGAGUUGGUAUCUGGGAGCAUCGGUGUCUUGAAGAAUAUGUCGCAGCGGAUUGGGAAUGAGUUGGAUGAACAAGCAGUGAUGCUGGAUGACUUUUCCCAUGAAAUAGAUACAGCUCAGUCUCGAAUGGAUAAUGUCUUAAAGAAACUGGCCAAGGUUUCCCACAUGACGAGUGAUCGACGGCAGUGGUGUGCUAUCAUUAUCCUGCUGGCACUACUAUUGGUAGUACUCAUCCUGUUUUUUACAUUGUGACUUAAAGGCUUUUCCUCAUCCAAGACUUUGAGUGGUGUCACUAGAACGCUGGAUGACUUGCUGUGAAUUGGCAUUGCCGUGAAUAAGGAACAUUUCUUUUCAUGUCUGUCCUAUGGCUCGUAGCCACGGCCAUGGGUUACUGAGAGCAUUAGAGUCCCAGCCUGUUGAGCAUUAUGUACAUAGAGAAUGCUCUGUACACCCACACACAGUAUAUCGGUUAAUACCAUGCUGGUAUUUAAGGGGCUGGAUCAUAUCACUUUGUUUACAUAUGAUAUAUAUAUAUAUAUCACUCUUGACCUGCUCCUUUUUUCUAAUGGGAAGUGACACCCUGAGAUUCAGUAUCCACAGGAGCCAGAUCAUACUUUGUGCAGGCACUUUAAAUAGAACGUGGCAUGGUUUUGCUGUAACUUGUACAGCAGGCUUCUCAGUAGAAGAUGAUUCUCAUUCUUGAAAGUCAUAUGGAUUUCAUGACAUGUGCAUCCGGCUUGUAGAAAAAAAUCUCCCAAGAACCAGACACUCCACAACAAUUUCCACUACAUGAAUGUUAUGUUAUUUUCUUUUUGGCUGGGCCAUUUAACUCUAAAAACCACACUUCCUACAAUUUAAGUGUGGUUGAAAAUUAUAGUGUAGAUAAACAUAUUUUUAAGGAUUUGAACGACCCUGGGAAUGAAAAUGAAGAUCCAGUCUGAACCUGAUGGAUUUGGCUCUAAAAUUAGAAUUCCUGGAAAUGACAUCUACAUAUGUACUGUCGAUGUGGAAUGGUACCAGUGCAUACCACUUUUAAGUAAGAGAUUAUUAAUUGGGGUGAGAUUUGUGAAUUGAACUCAUGUGUUAAUAUGUGAUUUGGAAUUGUGUAAAAACUACUGAAACUGUUUUAUGUGUUUUUUUCAGACACUGGUCUGAUGGUAUUAUGGCUCUGUUUUUAUUGCGUGUUGUUUUGUGUAUCUGACUCUCCUGAUCUCGGCAUUCCAUCUUACAUGUUCGUGUGUGUGUUGAUAAAAAAAAAAAAAAACCUGUAUAGAUUCCAAAUACUGAUGAUACCAUUGCAAGAGUCUGGUAACUAAGUCAGUAUUGCAUUUUGUCCAUUGGAUUCAUACGCACCUAUAAUGGUGUUGUUUAUUAGCUGAACAGUGACUUGUAGUGAAUUAACAAUGGUAUUGCAACAUUUGCUCAAAAAUAGCUGAGGUAGGCAAUUUUUAUAGAGAUUUAGCCUGAAUUCAGCAAUUCCCUUAAUAGGUU